GCAACCCAAUAAUUGACAGUCAAAAACUUUGCACACAUUUGUCAAAUUCAUACUUCAAUUGGACUUUUGCAAGAGGAACCACUUUACAAGAAAGUCUGGAUAAACAAGGGCAUUACCAUAAUAUCCUUGGGACACAGAACAGGACAGCAUAGAAAUUUGUAUUUGCCAAUCAACUGUGCCCACAAGAGACAAAGACCAGAAACGGGCACUUGCUACUCCUCUUUUGACACAAAGAUCAUCUAGUCUUCCAAGUUUGAACUUUAAAUUUGAACGAAAGAAAACAAACUGUAUCACACUAAAAUAACAGCUUACUCAGACUUAAGUAAUAAAACUAAAAUCAUCCUUGAAAAUGGCAUCUGACAAAUUAUGGAAUGCCAUAACACAUAACAAUCUCAAGGAAAUCCACCAAAUACUCUCCACUGGAGACAUAGACCUGAACAAGCCAUAUCAUGGACGAUCCCAAACAAAAGGAACUUUCCUACAACAAGCCUGUGUCUCUGGUUCUCCUGUAGUUGUCUGUGCUCUGGUCAAAGCAGGUGCAAAUGUCAAUGCAUGUAGUAUCUAUAAGGGACACUAUUAUGAGUUCAGCGUAACUGCCUUGAUCCUUGCUGUCAUACAGAGGAAAGUGGACCUUGUGGAAAAACUGCUCCACCAAUGUGGUGCUGAUGUCAAUGUAACCAAUGACGAGGGGUUAGCUCCACUGCACUUUAUCACAGAGAUAAUAUUUUCAGUAGGGCAGCAGGCUGGCCCCCUAGAAAAGUAUGGACGUACUUUUCAGCACGGGGCUCCUCAUCCAGUCAUUGACAAGAAGAUCGCCAACUUGCUGUUAACAGCUGGAGCAACAGUGGACUUGAAGAAUAAAGAUGGUCAAACCCCGCUCCACUUUGCUGCCAUGGAAUCUAGAAAGGGCAGUGUCACAGUUGACAUCUUACUCCAGAAUGGUGCAAGAGCUGACAUUCAAGAUGGGAACGGCAUGACUCCUCUUCACAAUGCAUUAGAGGUACGGAAUGAAGCAACAGUUCAGUGCUUACUUCAGCAUGGGGCAACAACCAACAUCCAGAAUAGGGAGAAAAUGACUCCUCUUCACUUAGCUGUUGAGAAAAAUGCUCACGCAACAGUUCAGCUCUUACUUCAGCAUGGAGCAAAAUCCAACAUCCAAAAUAGUAGAGGAAUGACACCUCUUCAUUUUGCUGCUGAGGCAAGGAAUGUCACCACAGCCAAAAUACUACUCCAGUCCCAUGCAAAAGUUGACAUUCCAACUCACGAGGGCUUAACUCCCCUUCACGUGGCUAUCAAUGCACAUUUUGCCGAGAUGUUCAAGCUGCUGAUACAGCAGAUUGGUUCAAAUAAUGCAGCUGUUGUGAAUCAUGCAGCAAAUGAUGGUACAACUCCCCUACAUGCUGUGAUAGAACAGUGUAAAUAUACUUCACUUUGGAUGGUUGAUGAAACUGCAACAAUUGUUAAACUGCUCAUCGAAAAAGGUGCAAACUUGGAGGUUAAAAAGGACCAUCUCACCCCUCUACACCUGGCAGUAGACGGCAAUCUGUUGAACAUUGUCAAACUCCUGGUAGAAGCAGGAGCAGACAUCCAUGCAGAAACCCCGAACACUGGUCUGACUCCCCUGGACAUGGCUGAACAUGGAGGGCACAAAGACAUCAUUGACUACCUGACAGCAAGGCUAGAAAGCCAUGGAAAAAAGAAGUAACGAGAAGAACCAAGUGUUCGGCAAGAUGAUUUAUUCAGAGGAAGAUUCUGACCAGUCACUGUGAGAAAUCAGAAGAAAUUCUAAAUAAAGAAAGAGCAGUGGGAGGUUUUAAAUACAUUUGUCAUCAAUGAGGAAAUAAGAAACGGUGUGGAGGAGUGUUGUCAAAUUAAGACAGGCCUAAAGAAAUCAAUCAGGUCUAAAUGUUUAUAAUGAUAAGACAGAGUUAACUUAUAAUAAUAAGCUUCACUAAUGUUUAAUAAGUAUCAAGGCACAGGAGCAUUAUGAUUGUAAACUAGGAUGAGAUGGAAGAUUGGUGUUAUGACUAUGAGUCAGGAAAAAUUCAUGAGUGAUACAAGUAAUUAAUUUUUAGAAUAUUCAAUAUUGCCUACAAUACACUCUUUUGAAUGUGAAAGUAGAGAAACUAGAAAAACUAGAGGGAAAAUUUAAAAAAAUCAAAAAUAAUUUGCAUACAAAAAUGGUACUACAAGUACUUAGAAUAUUCAAACUGAAGACUUUCAACCCAGUAUGUCAUUACAAAAAAUGAACUAACAGUAUUCCAAAAUUUUUGUACAAUAGUACCUUUAGGCCACACCAAAUUCAUUUGUUGCUUCUUGAAUUUUUUCAAUUUCAGAAAAAAAAUUGGACAGACCGGUCAAAAAUCAAAAGAAAAUGAAUUUUUUCAAAAGGUGUAAUUGUGAAGAUAUAUGGCUUAAAUAAACACAAAACAACAGGGUUAUUAAAGUUUUCAUAUCUUAAUGGCAUGUUUUAUGCAAUCAUUCCUUCCUUUGAUUCAACAUUGUUAACUGCAGUUCUGAAUUUUUCACUGAGAUUAUGUGUAUGUGGCUCUGAAUGGCAAUAUUUACAGGUUUGUGAUAGCAAUACCUGUAUUAUUUUUUCUUGGGACUUGAUUUUUUUUAAAAAUGGAAAAAAAUUGACAGGCGAAUCUGAGAAGCAACAAAUAAAUUUGGUGUAGCCUGAUAUGAUAAAAAGAAAUGUAAUUAUCUACUUGUACGUUAGAGGGCCCCUCCCAGCAAUUCAGUAAGUACAGGAAUGCAGCAAUGUUUACGUUACUGACAGCAUCAGUAUGGAGAACGUUACGCUUUGCAUCACAAAACAACUCCACGUGAUCCUCAGCAAACAGUACACACCUGUCCAACUGCUAACCCCAAAGGCAAAGGUGAAAAACAAGGUUGUACAUGUGGUGUCAACAUCAGCUUUAAGAGUGGACAGUAGCAAAAAUUUGCCUUUUUUCUCAACAUGCAAAUGGAGAAAUAUUCUUCAAUACAUGUAAAUUGUAUAUAGAGUUAUGUCUAACAUUAAAGUAUCAAUGGGAAUCAUCAAUAACGUUUAUAAAUGGGUAAAAGGAAGUCUGAAAUUCCCUUUGACACCCACGUCAUGUACAUAGAAACUACCUGACAUGAUGUCAUGAAACUAAGGUUGGCAUCCAUUUCCUUGUGAAACUGAGGACUGAAAAAGUUACUGGGACCUUCUAAGACACUUGGAGUCAAGACGGGAUGAAAAGCCACUCUCGAGAAGUUAUCUGAAGAGACACAUUGGAUCACCAGAACUGCGCGGAUGCUGGAACGACUGCAAGAAAACAUCAGGUUUUCUUAGACAUUCAAGAGAGUCAGGACGACACAAGGAUAGACUUGUAUAAGAGGCUGUAUUUAACUAGUAAGUAUGCAGUAAUCUGAGUCAUUGUGUACUUGAGUUUCUGAAUUUGAAUUGACUGUUA